CCAAAUUGCAAAAAGGGAAAACAACUUCCCCCUUCUAUAAGCACUCUCUCCACCGCGCCCGCCUCCCGUCGCCGGUAUCGUGUCCUCGUUCGCGCACCUCUCAUGCCGGAGCGCCGCCACAUCGCCGGAGAUCCGCCGUACUGGUGAUCCCCGGAGAAGACAGAAUGGAUCGCCUUCUGCUCUCACGUCCACCCCUCCCCGUCCCGGCGCACGCCGCUGCCGCUGCGGCCGCCGACGGCGACUUCCUCGAGUUCGACGUCCUCUGGCCAGCCGCUGCCUCGUCCACGCUCGGCCAUGGCCUCCUCGCUGCUCUACCGGAAGAGGAGGGCAAGAAGAAGAAGAAGCGCGCGGGCCCCGCCGGCGCCGCCCGAUCCGCCGCGCGCCCCGUCCCGGAGACCGCCGCGCUGACCGCGUCCGCGAUGGCGAGGUCAGCGCCGGUGAGGAUACCGUCGGAGCCCGUGGCGGCGGUUCGGAGGGGGAGGUGGGCCCAGGCCGGCGCGGGCGGCGGGGAGGACGUCGGGGAGGCCAUGGCCCCGCCGCAUGAGAUCGUCGCACGCCGCGCGGCCGCGCACAGCUCGGUGCUGGAGGGCGCCGGGAGGACGCUCAAGGGCCGCGACCUCCGCCGCGUCCGCAACGCCGUCCUGCGCCGCACAGGCUUCCUCGACUGAGGCGCAGGCGAGUCGUCACGUCGCUUUCGCGAUGAAGUUUUGGCCAAUUUUGUUCUUCGCAAUUCUGUUUCCCGAUGUGUUCCCGGUCCGGCUAUUUUGAUUUAUUUCCCUGAGGAUAAGGAGAUGAAAAGACAGGAGGUGAGUGGGCGAGGAGUGUAACACGACGUAAUAACGGUGUUGUUCCAUCACAUAUAAAUGGAAAUUUCGGCCCUUGCAUUUGUUCA